AGGAGCUGUGGGUGCCCCAGCCCUGGCAGUGCCCAAGGCCAGGCUGGAUGGGGCUGGGGGCAGCCGGGGCUGGGGGCAGGGGGCCCUGGGCACGGCGGGGGGCGGCCAUGGGGGGCUUUGGGGCCCUUCCCGCCCAGACCCCGCCGUGAGCCAAUGGCAGCCUCGCCUGCGGUCACGUGGGCCGCGGCAGGGCUCAAAAUGGCGGCGCCGGCCCCGCCUCCCGGCCGCCAUGGCCGCGGGGACCACGUGAGGUCCUGCCACACUUCCGGCCCCGGGCGGGGCUCCGGCCGGAAGCGCGUGACGGAAGGGGAGGGGAGAGAAGAGGGGGGCGACGGCGGGACAGGAUGUGGGUGCGCACGGCCUACUUCCGGCGCGGAGCCCGCUUCCGGAGAGCGCACCGGAAGCGGCGGGCGCACCGGAAGCGGCGGGCGCGGGCCCCGCGUGGCGCCCCGGAGGGCCAUGGCCGGGCGGGCGCAGGAGCUGCCGACGUUCGAGGAGGUGGCCGUGUACCUGAGCCGCGCCGAGUGGGAGCUGGCGGCGGAGGAGCAGCGGGAGCUGUACCGCGGCGUCAUGCUGGACAACUUCGCGCUCCUGGCCUCGCUGGGGUACGCGGGCCCCAAACCCGACCUUUUGUAUCGCCUGGAGCACGGGGAAGAGCCGUGGGUCUGCGCGCCGCAGGGCCCGGCGACGUGGGACGGACCCGGCAGCCCCUCCCCGGGAUGCGACGGGGACGGGAGGCGGCCGGAGGAGCCCCGCUUCUCCUGGUGGCCGAGCGCUGGCAGGCGGCGGGCGCUGGAGGAGAGCACGCAGACCCCCGGCCACGGUGAGUGCUGCGCCUGCCCCUCCCCUGGGCUCCGCGGCGCGGGGCCCGAGGGACGGAGGCGAGCUCUCCCCGCCGCGCUCUCGGCAGGAGGACGGCGCGAGCCGUGGCGGCUGCGCUGCAGCAGGCUGCUGAAGAAGUUCGGCGAUCCCGGGGGCAAGGCGCAGGCAGAGGCGGCCGGCGGCCGAGCGCCGCCCGCGGGAAGCCCCGAGCGGGCGCGGGGCGGCUCCCGGAGCGGGAAGGAAGAAGCGGAGGACGACCGAGGGGCGAGGCCGGGCCCCGGCGGAGGCACGGGGCUCCCGCUCCCCGCCGCGCCGCAGCACAGGGCGGCGGAUCCCUGCGAGCGCCCGGGGGCUGAGCGCCGCGAGACGUCCCGGGGCAGCGCGCAGGAAGCGCGGCGCGCCGCGGGGGACGGGAGCCUUCCCCCGGCAGGGGAGGACGCGGACGGAGCUCCGCUGGGCGACCACUGCUACUGCGCGAGGCAGGAGGCGCCGCUCCAGCACGGCGCCCCGCUUCCGCCCGCUCUGAGGGACCACGACUACUGCGGGGACGGCGCGAGCGGAGCUUCCGUGCUGAGGGACCACGACUACUGCCAGGCGCGGACGUCGCCCUGGCAGGGCAGCGCCCGCAAAGCCACCUGCCCCGCGUGCCGGGCUCGUGCCGCGCUUCGCCGGCUGCGCAAGAGGAAACCGCGGGAGGGGCGCGAUGGCGGGAAGGGCGCGCGAGCGAAGCGCCGUCUCCGGCCUUUCUUCAGAAGCUUGCGGCUCUGCCGGGGGUACUUCUGCGCGGACUGCCUCUUCGCACCCACCGUGCCGGCGUCUGCCCGGCCCGCUCGGGCGGAGGGCUCCACCGAGGACGCUCGCGGGGUGUUCUGGCCGUCUGCGGAGCGGGAGACCGCGAUCCCGCAGCCUCAGGAGGAGGAGGGGGGCUCCCGGGGGGGGGCACCGGAGGCGCCCCGCGGCCCUGCAGCCUCCCCCGAGCCGCCCGCAGGGGGGGCGCGGGGCGGAGCGGCGCGACCCGAGGUGUGGGUGCGCUACAGGGCGCGGGGCGGGCGGCCCCCCAGGCCUUGGUGGGACCUCGCCAGACGCGAACUUGUUGCCCCAAGCCAGGCGUCGCUCUGCGACGCGUGCGACGGGGUCGCGCGGACCGGGAACUGGGCGCUGUGCGCCGCGUGUCUGAGCUCGGCCACGCGCAGGGCGCGGGGGGGCCGCGCCCGCUCGCCCCGCCCGGCGGCUGAGCACCCCAGCCCCGGCGGCCGCGCCCGCCCUGCGCGGGGGAGCCCCCCGGCGGGGCCGCGCGGGAGGCUCUCCGAGAGGCGCACCGAGGGGAGCGGUGCCUGAGGGGCGGCGGAAGGGGGCACGGGGGCGGGAGGGGAGGCGCGAGCGCCUGGGAGCCUCGGGGAGCGGCAGGACGGGCGCGGAGAAGAGGCAGGGGAGGACGGAAGCGGCGCAGGGAGGGCGGCUGCGU